AACACGUAUUAGCCGCAACGUUAAUACAAAGAAAAAUCUACCAAUCACAGGGUGCAUAAGUGACCUUCAAGUGCUCAGCCUCUUCGUAAGCCAUUUGUGCCGCUAUCCUCUGUCACAGGCUGGCUCUCAAGAGUAAGGUUUGAGUGGUCAAGUGGGGCAAAGUUCUACAAUAGACAUUGGAACAUUUACAAUCCUGGGACUCUACUGUUGAACUUCGCCUUGUCCCAUGUACAUGGGACUAACGUUAGUCGGAUUUUAAUAAUUACUUUGUAAGAGGACUUUUAUUGGGUAGUAUCAUGAAGUAAUUUACUGCGUGGUUAACAGUAUUGAAGAGUUGCAAAUGAGGAAAGAUGUGAUAUAAUCUGUCCAAGCAUUGUGUAAUGCUAAAUUAAAUCUCGCUAAUUCUGAACUAACUCCAACAUACUAUAAUUUCUUAGCCCUGAGAUUUUUAUCCACCUAGUAUGGAUUCACGUUUCACUGUGGCUGUUUCACUAUGGAUUCGAAAACCUCAAGUUGUACAUAAGGAUGUAUUUGCUUCGUCUGUAAUUAACGAAUGUGAUGAGUCAUGCGAGAGAGUUAUAUACCCAAAGCUGCGUACUGGAAUCAAGGAAUUCACUGAGGUGUUAACGAAAGGCACAUGGUACAAGUUCUCGUCUGCCUUUAUAACCUAUACUAUAGAGAUGCAGGAUGAUCGAAUCCAAAUAUCUGUUUUGGAAGAGCUUCCUUCUAGUUUCUUUCAAGGUUCUUGGUUAAAAGAAGUACUCGAAAAGAAGCUUAAUUUCUGGUAUUCUUGCGAAAUUAAGGUCAAUAUUAAUUCACUUUCACUGGUCGACCCUCAUGUAUAUCAAAUGGAAUAUGAAAGACUCAAGAAUGCAUAUGGAUCAAUCCUAGUUCAUAAUUGGUCGGAAAGGACAGACCCGCUGAAAUUUGUAUAUGAAGAUAUUGGCAUAGCGUGUUAUCUAACAUGUUUGUGGAAGAAUGAACAUGUUAACUUUGUUGACCUUGGCUGCGGAAACGGACUGUUGACAUACAUACUAUUGUCUGAAGGGUUCGAUGGUGUAGGAAUAGAUGUUCGAAAAAGACGCAUUUGGGAAUCGUAUCCUCAUAAUGUACAACAACGUCUAAAGGAAGUUUCGUUAAAUCCAGAAAACAGUAAUGGCUUUCCGGAGGCGAAUUGGCUGAUCGGAAAUCACAGUGAUGAACUAACUCCCUGGUUGCCAGUUCUGGCUUGCAAAUCUGGUCCGCUCUGCAAGUUAUUUGUACUACCAUGUUGUCCUUAUGGUCUCUUUGGCAAAUUCAAUAUACCAAUAAAUUCACUUCCAUUCUUACGAGAAGGCGUAAAUGUCAAAGAAAUAACUGAAAGUCGAUAUGGUAUUUAUCUCAAAUACAUACAGCAGGUAUUUGCUAUUUGUGGAUUUAUCCCCGAGGUAGACGCCCUGAGAAUUCCAUCUACUAAACGCAUAUGCUUGGUUGGAAGAUAUUUAAUUGAUGAUUCAAAGAAUUUUGAUGACAUGUAUGCAAAUCGUUUGUCUAAUGUUCAAAAGUACAUCGAAUAUGAACGUAACUUCAUUGUGAAACCUGAAAAAAGAUUUGUUGCACGUCCAUCUACUGAACAGUCUUACAAUUGUUCUACUGUUUCUAGAAAAGUUCUUGACAAUAUUUGUCAUACAAUCUUUACUGCCUUGUUGAACUGUCCGCCCGAUAAAGAGUAUUUACUGUCUCACAAUGUGAAAAUUUCGGAUGAAUUAAAGAUACAAACUUUGGACAACCGUUGGUGGAAUCCUGGUGGUGAGACUUGAACUUUUAUUUCAUCGAAAUCUACUGUUUUAUGAAAUUCUUAGCAAUAUAAGCUCCCGCGAACUCUUAACCUUUGUCGAACCAGACUUCCACUGAACAGGCAGUAUGGAUUUCGGUGUGUAGUUUUUCAUUUACGAAGGUGUAUUAAGCUUAUCAGAGUGCAGUAAACUUAUACCGACGAAUGAUAUGAAGUUAUUAAAAUCUCAGAAUGGUGGUUUACAGACUGUUCUAAGAAAUCAUCAUCAAUGCUUUCGAACUAUCAAAAACAAUGUUCAGCUACGUUGGUCGCCAAAUAAGAUGCUGCAAUUAAAGGAUUCUUUGUCUGUACCAAACAGCAAAAAAAGUGAAAAGAAUCGCAAAAUGAAACUGUGUUGGAUGUUGCUGAAUCACCCAGAUGGUUGCCCAUACCCUUCAGAAUUGUGCGAUUUUGCUCAUAGUGAGAGUGAGAUUAUUUUAAAAACCUCUGAGCAAUAAUUGUAAUUAUUAUUUAUUCUGCGAAUAAUGUAUAUAAUUGGUAAUGGAAUACCAAUGAAUUCAGAAUACACUUUAUACCCGAUCGUUGAUUAUUUGUCUAUAGAAACGUCUAAGGUGUCUUGCUAAAGUAUGAAAUACUAGCGUAUGAAUUCUGAUCAAACUAACAAUUUUUCAUGUUUUUUUUACUACAGUAUUGCAUGCAGUUACUACAUUAUCAAUAAAUAAAAUUCUGCAAAGAGUCUCUUUUCGGAGAAUUCAUUUUCAAAGCUGUACAAUCGCAAAUAUAUAUGGUUAUUUUGUGUGUGUAUUCAUUAAAUUUGUCAAACAAAAUACGGUUAGUAAGUUCAAAUGAAUUGGAUGUUGA